AUUCUCUCAGGAAGGGAGAGGGUGUAAAGCUGUGAAAUAUUCAGCUGAUAUCAAAACCAAAGGGAUUUUCAGUCUUUCUCUCUGGCUGCAAGCGGGAGUUUUAAUGCCUUGGGGAAAUAUUAAUUACCGAUGUAGCUGUGAUGGUUACAAGCCAAGAGCUACAUGUAGAAAAAGAAGAGAGGGUUGUCAUGCCUUGGUGAGGCUGAGCAGCUCCAGUGGAGCAGCUGUGGAUUAAGGAUUCUGAUUUACAGCUUUUUGGACAGAAAACAUCUUCUUGAACCUUCAGCCAACCAUCACUCCUAAUACUUUACUGACAGCUGAUGACAAGGAAGUGUUCAACCGUACGUUGUCGGACCAGACCACAAGCUGUGGAUCAGUCUGGAGUCUGGACAUUCCCCAAAUAUCCUGGACCCCAGGAUGUCCGGGAUGGAUGGACUGCUGGUGGAUCAUAAUGAGACUGGAAUCACUCCCAUAGACAACGGGGCUUUUCUACGUUUCUCCCCAACGUCUGCCUCCACGUCGGCGGCCGCCUCCUCUCCAGUACACCAGGGCAACGUCUACGUGUAUGUGUGGCUCUUCCUAGGUCUGCUGGUGUUGCUGCUGACACUGCUCAUCAUCUCCCUCCACAGGCUGAAGAACAUCAUCUCCUCUUCCUCGUCUGUCCCCGACUGCAGCAGCGAGGGAGGAAGUUCCUUCACCAACAUGGAGAUCUGCAGCAUCUCAUCCACUGUCUCAGCACUCUCCACCUGAGACAGAUUGGACUCUAGUCUCGCACGUCUAGGGGCUGUUCUUCAUGCAUCCUUAAAUGCAAGUUGAGAACGAGCAUGUGCACACAUGAGCACUCAAAAAACGUCAGCCACAGCUUAGCUGACGUUAUUUGCAUAUAUUCAUUAAAGGUGCAAAUAUUCUGUGCACCACCCGGGGUGUAAAGCUCACAAUGUGAAGAGAGGGAACACCUGAACUUCAAUAAUGAGACAAAUAAACCUGAUGGCUUGUCCUCCUAAUGCAGGGAAACAUAUUAUAAAACUACAGCGAUUAUAUUUUAUCCUGUGAGUUUUACUGUACUUACAUUAAGAUGUAACACAGUUUUAAAGUGAAUUUGUGUACAUAAUGUCUAAUCUCUGCAGAAUAUGAUACUUUAAAGAGCAUCACGUUGUACAGAUGCAUGCACCACAUAUGAAACUUUUAACUGUGAACAUGUCAAACUGGUUCCACGUCACCCAGAGUCUGAAGAAGGAGAACGGACUUAGUGCUGUUAUGGAGUUGAGAAAUCUGGCGUUUGACAGACAGGCAGCCUUUGUUGUUGUCUCUGAGAGACAAAUCUACCAGCAUCACUUUCUCUUGUGUGUGAAUUUAUGUAGCAUCUGAUCCAGGAGGUUUUUUUUCUGAAGCUUCCCAGCAAGUUUGGAAUUGAGGAAAAUGCCAAAAUGAAGAUUGCUGCUCCUCAUCUACAAGAAGUAUUCAGAUGGCAUGGCAAAGUAUAUUAAAAUAUAUAUGUUGCAUUCUUUACUUUCUUUUCUUCAAAUUUAGCAUUUGCACCAAUUAUUCGUGUUUGUAUCCUUAAGCUGGACAGUUACUCAAAAGACCUGGCUUCCAAGAAGGAAGGCUAGUGAAAUCUAAGAAGAAACAUGGCUAGUAAAUACUCUGUGUGUUUGUUUUAAGAUGCUGCAGAAAAAAUGAUAUGUGGACAAAUCCCCACAAAGAA